AUGGAUGGCGGCGCUGGAAAGGAUGCGCGGCAGCUUCUCGGCACAUUCAAGUAUCCUGCGGCCAACCGGUCCAAGAUCUCUUAUGGUCAGAGAAGGGUUGGCUCGCAAGCAAAGGGAGCCUCCCAGCCCGAAUGGCGUUCACAAAGGAGUCGGUUCAAUGAUCUUAAAGAUAGCACGGUUCAAAUGCCAGCGGAUGAGGAUGAUCUGCCUCUUGAUGCAUUUGCGGCUACAACUCCCAGUUGCCCAUCCCGUGGGUUGGCUUCGAGCUCCCCCGGAAUGAGGUUUCAAGUUGAGAGCCCCUUAACCGGCGUACAGCAUCGAAGGAGAGCGGGACCCGUCACCCGAUCAAGCUACCGCGAAGUUACGAGCCCCCAUUGGCAAUCCAGCACGACGCUCUUGUCGCCUCAUGCUCCUGGUCUGCCUGGUGGCUUAGGUUCAGACAUUGAACCUUCCGAAAUACAACUUGGUCAUGCUCCCCCAGUGAUACAAGGGAUCCCGCUUGUACCCACCCAUGAUCUACCAGAUCGUUUUCGAUCUAUAUUUUCCUUUUCUGUUUUCAACGCCAUCCAAUCGAAAUGCUUCGGUCCGAUUUACCAAAAGGAUGAUAAUUUUGUGCUCUCUGCACCCACUGGGAGUGGAAAGACAGUGGUGAUGGAGCUUGCUAUCUGUAGACUACUCGCAACCAUCAAGGAUAGCAGGUUUAAGGUGGUUUAUCAAGCACCCACCAAGUCUCUCUGCUCAGAACGGUUUCGUGACUGGCGAGCAAAAUUUGCUGCCCUUGAUCUUCAGUGUGCCGAACUCACCGGUGAUACUGAUCAAACUCAGCUUAGGAGCGUUCAACAUGCGAGUAUAAUCAUCACUACUCCUGAGAAGUGGGACAGUAUGACAAGAAAGUGGAAGGACCAUGUACGUCUUAUGCAACUCAUCAAGUUGUUUCUCAUCGACGAGGUCCACAUUUUGAAAGAGACUCGUGGAGCAACUCUGGAAGCCGUAGUCUCAAGGAUGAAGUCGGUGAAUUCGAAUGUUAGAUUUGUUGCCCUGAGCGCCACAGUUCCUAACUCGGAGGAUAUUGCAACAUGGUUAGGGAAAGAUCCUACUAACCAGCAUCUGCCCGCUCACCGUGAACGAUUUGGGGAAGAGUUCCGCCCUGUCAAACUCCAGAAAUUUGUUUACGGAUAUCACUCCAUCGGCAAUGAUUUUGCUUUCGAUAAAGUGUGUGACUCAAAGCUGCCUGAAGUUAUCUCAAAGCAUUCACAGAGAAAACCCAUAAUGAUUUUCUGUUGUACUCGUAAUUCCGCAAUCACGACCUCAAAGAAUCUAGCAAAGUUGUGGAUGGCAGCGAAUCCUCCGCACCGCUUGUGGAAUAGCCCAAAGAAAUCUAUUGUUGUUCAAAAUCAGGACCUGCAAGCCACCGUUUCUGCAGGUGUUGCUUUUCACCAUGCCGGAUUAGAUGCCAGUGACAGGCAUGCUGUCGAAUCUGGCUACCUGGAAGGGCACAUAAGCGUAAUUUGUUGCACUUCUACCCUAGCAGUUGGAGUAAACCUUCCUUGCCAUUUGGUCAUUAUAAAAAAUACUGUCUCAUGGCAGGAUAAUUGCUGCAAAGAAUAUGCCGACUUGGAGAUGAUGCAAAUGUUAGGCCGAGCCGGGCGGCCACAAUUUGAUAACAGUGCUACUGCUGUGAUCUUGACAAGAAAGGAGAGAGUUAGCUACUACCAGAAGCUGGUGACUGGGUCAGAGCCUUUGGAAAGCUGCUUACAUCUCAACCUGGUAGAUCAUUUGAAUGCUGAGAUCGGCCUAGGAACCGUGACGGACCUCGAAUCCGCAACUCGAUGGCUUUCCGGGACAUUCUUUUUCACUCGUUUGCAAAAGAACCCAACAUAUUAUAAGCUUAAGGAAGGGUGCGAUAGGACUGACGAGGAGGAGCUGAUGAGGCAGAUUUGUGAUAAAGACAUCAAACUUCUGCAAGAAUGUAUUCUUGUCACGCCUCAGUUUCCACUGAGAUCCACCGAAUUCGGAGACGCAAUGGCUCGGUAUUAUGUGAAGUUCGAGACCAUGAAAUUGUUUCUAGCCUUGCCACCAAAGGCCAAAAUGUCUGAGAUUUUAUCCGCCAUUGCCCAAGCAGAUGAGUUUAGAGAGAUCAGACUUAAACCUGGUGACAAGGCACUUUACAAAGAAAUAAACAAGGGAAAUGGAAUAAAAUUUCCCAUCAAAGUUGACAUUGGUCUUACAUCACACAAGGUUUCGUUGCUCAUCCAGUCAGAGCUGGGUGGUGUUGAGCUCCCAGCUGCAGAGCAGUAUCAGAAACACAGGCUCGCGUUUCAACAGGACAAAGGUUUGGUAUUUUCCCAUGUUAAUCGGUUGAUUCGAUGUAUUAUUGACUGCCAAAUAUCCCGUGGGGAUUCGGUGAGUACCAGACACGCUCUUGAACUUGCGCGGAGCCUUGGUGCAAAGGUUUGGGAUAACUCGCCGUUACAAAUGAAACAAAUAGACCAGAUUGGUAUUGUUGCUGUUAGGAAACUUGCAAACGCUGGCAUCAAUAGCAUCGAGUCAUUGGAGUCUGCCGAGCCUCAUCGAAUCGAUACCAUACUCAGCAAAAACCCCCCUUUUGAUUCUAGGAGAUACACCCCGGAAAAUGGCCCGUUGUCCAGUUCAAAGUGGACAUCGGAUUUGUCAAUGAGAAAGUGCCAACAUUUUUCCACCGAAAGCCAGUUUACUGCCAGCAAACUACAGAAUGGACAUGAUGUUGCCCUCAAAGCUGAGAUAACCCACAUGUACCAACACAUUACCUGCUAUGCUAUGUGCGAUGAGAUAGGUAAGCAGAUAAAUGAUAUGUUAUUGCAAUUCAUAGCUGAGUGGUGGGCUGGGAUAGCUGGAACACUCCGACAGGCAGAAUUGAAACCGAAACUACCGGAGUCACUAUUCUCGGGUUCUAGAGUCUCUACAGUGGAUUCCAUUACUCCCCUUAAAACUGAAAUUAGUGCACGGCGCAGAAACGGUAAAGACUCGGACGAGUUUUCUGAUGAUUGUCUCGAUGACGCUGAUUUAAUCGCCGUUGUGGACAAUCUAAAUGCUUCCGGCGGAAAUCGUUCCAUGACACAGCGCUCAAGUGCUUCAAAAAUAAUAUCGAAGCUUCUGAGUGAUCCCAUUUCUUUCAGCGAAUCUGAGGGCCCUACACAACUUGACAAUGGAAAAUGGGCGUGCAAUCACAGGUCUAGAUGUAAACACCUUUGCUGUCGAGAAGGGAUUGAUCGACCAUCAAAGAUUACCGGCAAGAUAGGGGCCAAGCUCCAUACAGGAAAUGUGCCGAAGAUUGAUAAAGAAUCGAAGAGUACCCGUUUAUCCGCAAAGUCAUCCAGAACAGAUGAUAGUAGAAUCCCAGGACCAAAAAGGAACACCCACAAUUCCCACGAUAUUAAAGUGGUUGACCUGACCAGUCCAGGUACUACCGUGAAGUCGACGCCGCGGUAUAAGUAUGUUAAAAAGAGGAAUGAGAAAGAUAACGAAUCGCCCGAAAAGUCCGCAUUUGUAGAACGACCAGCAACCAAGUCAAGUGGAGCAAAAGCGGUCGAGGCAAGCCACUUUGGGCACCUUGACUUUCUAUAUCCCCGUUGUGAGGAGAUGGACGACGGCAAUAACCGCUCCAGCGACUUUGGAGGCAUUAAUGUGGACGACCUCUUCCCUUCGGCAAUGGAUUUCGAUGUUCAAUCAAGCCAAAAUGAUGACAACUUCCCUAUAUAUACUAGGCCAGUAAAUGAAUUCGACUACGAUGACAAUUUUAAUAGACACACUGAAGAUGUGAUCGCUACCCACGAGUCACUGGAGAACGAACUGACGGAUUACGAGCAGUACAUCUCUUCCCCAGAAAACCAAAAUCCCAUUGCUGUUAGCCAACCGGAAAGCAGCUCAAAGUUCGAAAAUGCGGACUCGCCACAUGUUUCAUUGGACGCAACUAUUUUCUCUCCUACCGCCGUUGACCCUCUGCUUAACCAGGGUGUAAGCAGCGAUUCUUCGUUUUUCCAUACACCCCUUCCUUCGAGAACAAUGAAGAGAAUCCGUGAAAAUGAUAAAGAAAACGAGCCGUUUACGGGACCCGAUCCCAAACAACCUCGGCUUCAUAUAAGUGGUUAUUCGAGCACUGUUGGGGCCCUCGAAGGAUGGGAAGGAAUUGACAUGGCGCUGUUUGAAGAGUUCAAGGAUAUUGUGGAUUUCGUUUAA